AUGGCAGAUGGUGCAUUCCGGUUCCAUCAGCCUGGAGCCGGGCAGUAUUACCCCACCCAACACACUUCGCAUCGAAAUCAGAAUCGAGCCACCUCGCCUUCCGGCGCACGCAGACCUUUUUCCAACGAUACUCCUUCCCCAUCGAGAUCGCCUGUGGGCCAUUCUGUCGGACACAACUUCAAUAUGUACUCCCAGAAUGGAUAUCAGACGCAGCACAGUCUCCUGAAUGGAUCGCAAGGUCAUCAGCGUUAUGCGAACCUCCACCUGCCAAAAUACCAGCCACCUCACCAUGGCCAUCACAACGUCACUCAACACCACGCUCAGCACCAUCAUGGCGGGCAAUUAGGGCACCAGCACAAUCUCUCAGGUGGCUUUCAAUCCGGAACACCUCAUUUGCCCACCUACGCCCACGAGCAUCUGCCGAACGGAAAUGGUAAUGGACUGCCACACGACGAUGCGGACGAGCCGGACAAUGAAUAUUGGAGGGAACAAAAGCAGGUUUGGGAAGAAAGCAAAGAUCUGAAUGGUCCAAAUCAGCGAGCGCGCACCGUGGCGCACCACUCAAAGGGUGUCAACUACGUCCCGUUAGGCGCGGCUGCAGAAGACCUUCCGACAGACAACGCUCGGACGACCACGUCAAAUGGACAGACCUCUAGCAGGCAAACCUGGGAUGAAUUAGAUCUAGGAGGGCAGGGUCUUUGUGCGCUUUCGCCCGUGCUGUUCAACCCGUCCUACCAUUUCUUGAAACGCCUCGACCUUGUAUAUAAUCAGCUAGAAGCGCUGCCGCCGGAGAUCGGACAGUUAAAGAACCUCGAGCAUCUGGAUGUCUCUUUUAAUCAACUGACGGAACUGCCAGAAGAGAUUGGCAUGCUCACGAAUCUCAAACAACUCCUCCUGUUCAAUAACCACAUUCAAACAUUGUGCUAUGAACUCGGCUUCUUGUACAAGUUGGAGGUGCUUGGCAUCUAUGGAAAUCCACUGGAGCAAGGGCAGCGUGACAAGAUCACGGAGGGCGGUACGAGGAAACUAAUUGAAUAUCUCCGUGAAAGCAUGCCGGAACCUCCACCUCCUCGAGAAAGAGAAUGGCAUCAAAUUGAGGAAAUCGACGAAAAUGACCCAACGCAGGACACGAUCAAAGCACUGAAUUACAACAUCCUAUGCGACCGCUAUGCAACGCAGCAGCAGUAUGGCUACGUUCCAGAGCGCGUCCUUACCUGGGGCUUCCGCAAGACUCUGAUCCUUGAAGAGAUUCGGGAAAUGAACGCCGAUAUUGUCUGCCUCCAGGAACUUGACCGCUGCAGUUACGACGAUUAUUUCCGUGGCGAACUCUCGAUAUCGGGCUACAAGGGAUAUUACGCACAGAAAAGCCGCGCGGAGACGCUGGGUGACGCUGCUAAGUUUGUCGACGGGUGUGGCACGUUCUGGAAAGACAAGAAGUAUGUGGUACUCGACACUCAACAUCUUGUUCUUGGAAGAAAGGCGGUGGAGCGACCGGGCGCUAAAGCGUCGGCCGACAUGCUGAACCGCGUCUGGCAGAGAGAUGAUAUCGCGACAGUUGUGUUCCUGGAGAACCGUGUCACUGGUUCUCGUGUGGUUGUCGUCAAUGCUCACAUCUACUGGGAUCCUGCAUACAAAGACGUGAAAUUGAUCCAAGCGGCUGUCCUUAUGGAGGAGUUGUCAAAGCUCACGGACAAGUACUCCAAAUUCCCGCCGGCAACCAACAAGCAGGCCUUCCGCUUUUCGGAUUCAGAAGAUGAACCGCUUCCUGACCCUGGGCCGUCAUUGUCAUAUACGUCAGGGCCACAGAUUCCCAUGAUCAUCUGUGGAGACUUCAACUCGGGAGCGGGAUCUGCGGUCUACGACCUGUUCACGAAGAAAGGCCUGAAUGCCGAACACGCCGAUUUGGAUGGACGAGACUACGGGGCCUUUUCCCGUGCGGGUAUGUCGCACAAUUUUACGCUCAAGUCUUCUUAUGCUGCAAUUGACGGGGAAAUGCCAUUCACGAAUUACACACCAAACUUUGUCGACGUCUUGGACUACAUCUGGUACUCGAGCAACUCUUUACGAGUGGUUGGGCUACUUGGGGCCAUCGACCCAGAAUAUCUGAAGCGGGUACCUGGGUUCCCGAACUUCCACUUUCCCAGUGACCACAUUGCAAUCGUCGCCCAGUUCAAGGUCGAGAAGCAGCGGAACGCACAGAAAGCUGUGGAAGCCGACUUUGGACCCUCGUCGAAGAAGUAG